AAUGGAAAAAUAAAAGAAGAAUUCGGAGAAUUCUAAAAAUGUUCUAAAACCCUAAAAAAUACUCUAAAAACGAAUAAAAACUUAACAUGGUCAUAUGGCAAAACUAUCAUUUAAUUCAGUAAAUCUCAAAUGCUUGUAAACAUUGCUUCACAAUAAAUAUAACCUUAAAACACAUGUACGGUUCAAGUCUAUUUAGAUUAGCUAGAACAAGUAGCGUUCGUUAUUUCAAGAACGGUAGUAAUAAAAAACUGUUGGAAUUUCUAGCCAACAUGCCGAAGGCUAACACCGCGCGAAUAGCGGAGGCGCAGCAGCAGCGGCAGACCAUCUCGAAGAAAGGCGAGAAGUACGGCCCUAGCACCGUUUAUUUACAAGUGCUGGGCUCUGGCGCUCGUGGCGUACCUAACACGCUCUACCUCUUCACUGAUCAGAAACGGUACCUCUUCAACUGCGGAGAGUGCACCCAAAGAUUGGCACAUGAACAUAAAGUAAAACUGUCACGAUUGGAGCAUGUGUUCAUCACAAGUAAAACUUGGAAGAAUAUUGGAGGUCUGCCUGGCCUGUCAUUGACACUGCAGGAUGUUGGGGUCCCAAAGAUUACACUCCAUGGACCUGAGGGUUUGGACGUCCUUUACAAUGCAACAAAGAGAUUCGUCAUAAUGAAAGAGAUGCAGGUGACCAUGGCGCCAUCCAGCCCUACAGAAGACUUUGAGGAUAAUGUUAUGACCAUCAAAUAUGUUCACCUGUUGCCGCAGCUGACUCUGCUCCCAGACAUACCCCCGCAGCCGGCCAAGCGCGCCAGGCUCGACGACGUCCUCUCGCUCGCGUACGACCAGUUCAUACACGACAAGACGGAUUACUAUAAACGCGGGACGGAGGGUGAGGGCGAGGGGAAAACGACGCCAAGGUCGGCGAGGAGUCCAGGUAUAAUAAACGACAAGGUAGACCACGGCCGCGGCGACAAGAAGUCGAGGCGACGGCGACCCCUCGCUAUCAGAGUCCAAGUAACAAUAGACUCUCAUCGCCGCGAGAAGAAUUUUGUGGACCUUCAUACCUCGAUUGCGUACAUUUGUACAUUAAAGAAACGUCUAGGCACGCUAGACUUAGCCAAGUGCGUGGAGAAGGGAGUUCCACCAGGACCUUUGCUGGGACAGCUAAAGAGUGGGAUAGAUGUAGUACUGCCCGGUGGUACUUUAGUGCUGUCUAAAGACGUGAAAACACCGGAUGAUCCUGGCCCUGUCUUUAUAAUUCUGGAAGUGCCAGAGAUCAGCUACCUCAGCGAAGAACAGUUCGCGGCGCACUUCGACAACGGCACCAAUUCACCAGAAAGCAUACCUACAGUCAUCGUCCACUUGUCGCCGCCUGAGGUGUUCCACCAUAAAAACUACCAAGAUUUCAUGACGAAAUUUGGCCCAACAACACGCCACCUCAUCCUCAACUCGCAGAACUCGUGUCUGGGUUCCGAAGCCGUCCAUCGCACUCAGCACAAACUACAUCUGUUGGACCCUGAGGUUUUCCCACUACUCAAGGACCCAAGCAUACCAGCCGACUGGGGUACCGUGCCCAAGACCAACAGUCCUACCAAAAUAAAGGGCAUCGAAGAUUUGAAGAAUAGGAUCGCCAUCGCCCAGUUCCAGAACAUUAUCAACGCGGAGAUUAAGCGCAGCCCGCCGAAAGAAACGGCUGAAGAGGAUGAGGGACAAAAAUUUGAAACUUACUCUUCACGAACGCUCACCAUGUUCCAUCUGCGGCCAAAGAGGGAGAUUGACAGCCCUACAAUACUGGAACGGCUAUGUACUGUACUACAACAAGAUAAUUUAGAUAAUCUUAUGCCUAGCCCGCCGGUAGAAACGGCUGAAGAGGAAGGGGCCCAGAAAUUGGAAACUUACUCUUCGAGAACGCUCACCAUGUUCCAUCUAAGGCCAAAGAGGGAGAUUGACAGAUCGGCCGAGCCAAAGCUCCACGUCCAAGACUACUACCAGGAGACCAUGGACGUGGAGGGGUUCGCCGCUUGCCUCGCCAAGUUCCGAGAGGAGGCCCAAAACUUGCGCUUCAAGGAUAACUACUCUAGCAAUGAGUAUCCGAAGAUCGUCUUCCUGGGAACCGGCAGCUGUAUACCGAGCAAGACUAGGAACACAAGCGCCAUCAUUCUUCAUGUUGAUGACCAAAGCACGAUCCUCCUGGACUGUGGGGAAGGUACCUUCGGACAGCUCGUCCGGUUCUACGGGCCGAGGAAAGUGGACGGACUGCUUAGAACACUGAAAGCUAUAUACAUAUCACAUCUACACGCCGAUCAUCACAUAGGUUUAAUAGGCGUAUUACAAGCCCGCGCGGCCGCGUUAGCCAACGCGCCAGAAAAAAAUACACCCCUCCUGUUGCUCGCUCCUGGUCAGAUUGUAACUUGGCUAACCAUGUAUGAUAGCCAGUUCGAGAAAAUUGACACAGAGUUUACACUCAUACCUAAUCAGAAUCUGAUGGACCCAAAAGAACCAGGGCUAACACCCGCAGCGCUCGCCAGUAUCGGGCUAGACUCGGUACUGACUUGCCUCGUACCGCACUGCCCUAACGCGUUCGGGGUCGCCAUCACCGCCGCCGGGCACAAGAUCACGUACAGUGGCGAUACGCUGCCUACUGAGAACCUGGUCAAUAUUGGUGAGUACUACAGGCCACUUGUUUAUAGAACCAGGCCUAACACCCGCAGCGCUCGCCACUUGUUUAUAGAACCAGGGCUAACACCCGCAGCGCUCGCCAGUAUCGGGCUAGACUCGGUACUGACUUGCCUCGUACCGCACUGCCCUAACGCGUUCGGGGUCGCCAUCACCGCCGCCGGGCACAAGAUCACGUACAGUGGCGAUACGCUGCCUACUGAGAACCUGGUCAAUAUUGGUCAAGACUCAACCAUCCUCAUACACGAGGCGACAAUGGAGGACGAGCUGGCAGACGAGGCGAGGAUCAAGAUGCACUCGACGACGUCGCAAGCGAUAGAGAUUGGACGCAAAAUGAACGCCAAGUACACGGUGCUAACGCAUUUCAGCCAGCGAUACGCGCGACUGCCGCGCAUCAACACGCACAUAUUCAACGAACAUAACGUCGGCAUCGCGUUUGACAAUAUGCAGGUAACACUAAGCGACCUCCCCCUCCUCCCGCACAUGUACGCGCCCCUCCAACAUAUGUUCGCCGAGCACUGUGUGGACAUGGAACUGAAGGCCGCCUCCCGCGUGCGGCGGAAGGAAAAAUCCUCCAACACACCAACUCCAGCAAACACCAGCCUCUCGGGUACUAGACAAUUUUCCACUGGCAACACUGCUCACACCACAGAUAAUGUAACUAACGAACAGAAUGUAAAAGAGACUGUAGACUCGGUAGCACAGAUAAAGGAUAACAUUGAAAAUGUUGCCAUAGAGUCGAAAGAAAAACAAACGUAAAAUAGUGUUGCUAGUUGUUGAAUCUGGUUGGCUGUGUAAAUUGUCGAAUUCUUUGAGGCACUGUUUUUAUUUAUUAUCAUAGUAAUGUUUAGCCUUUAUGGAAUUGUGCCUCAUAUCAUAUAAUGUA